AUGACUAAAUAUGAUCGUCUUUCCAAGGAGGAAUUACUAAAAAUUAUUGAAAAACAAGAGAAAGAAUUGGACCUAAAAAAAUAUGGCCUUGUUUGGGAUAGAGAGAAGGAGCCCGAACAAGUAGUUUUAGACUGCGAAAAUAAUUUACCAAUACUUAAAAGAAUUAAUGAAAAGCAAAUUAAAACUGGCAAUAACGAUGACAAUAUUUUAAUUGAAGGAGAUAAUUACCAUUCUUUAACUUGCCUCAGCUAUACUCACAAAGGAAAAAUCGACUUGAUCUAUAUCGACCCUCCUUACAAUACUGGAAAAGAAGAUGAGUUAGAACUUUCCAAAAAUCUUUUGAAAGAGGAAGGAAUUAUUUUUAUAUCCAUGGGAGAACAAGAACUCGCCAAUCUUGUUUUAUUAUGCGGAAAAGUAUUCGGACAUGAAAAUUCUUUAACUAUUAUGGCAAGAAGAAUGAAAGCAGGUAGCAAUCAAGGAAAGUUUUUCGCUCCUUCUUGCGAUUUUGUGGUUUGCUAUGCUAAAAAUAAAAUCCGGAUAGAUACUAGUAAUUUUUAUGACGAGAUUGAUGAGGAUUCUUAUACUAAAGAAGACGAAAAUGGAAAAUACGAAGAAAAAGGUUUAUUUCAAUCAAGUUUAGAAACGCGAAUGAACCUUAGAUAUUAUAUUCAAUGUCCGGAUGGGUCCUUAGUUAUUCCGCCCGGAAAAACUUUGCUCCACAAAAAAAAGAAGGGAUAUCAGUUUCAAGUGCGAUUAAUGGUGUUGAUAAACAAUGAAGAUGACCAAGAUGGAAAAAAGUCAAAAUACAAUAUUUAUGUAAAAAGUUAUUUGGAAACAAGAAGAGAAAAAGGAGUUAAGCCAAGAAAUUUUUUAGUAGACAAAAAUUUUUUGAAUAGCCGAGCAACUAAUUAUUUGAAGAACCUAGGGCUAGAUUUUCCUUAUUCUAAACCCAAAGAAUUAAUAAUUCACUUAAUAGAAAUAACUCAUACUCCCAAGGAUGCAAUUAUUUUGGACUUCUUUGCUGGUUCUGGCACAACUGGCGAGGCAGUUUUAGAACUUAACCAGGAAGAAAAAAGCCAAAGAAAGUUUAUUCUUUGCACUAAUAAUGAAGGGCAAAUUGCCGAAGAAGUUUGUUAUCCGCGUUUGGAAAAGAUUAUCAAAGGACUUGGUGGUAAUCUUCAAUAUUUCCAAACCGACCUAAUUUCUGUUGAAAAACUAACUAAUAUAAGUGAUGGAAAAAGACAUGAACUAACCGAAAAAGCGGGAAAGGAAAGGGAUUUAGUAUUAAUUGUUGAUGAGGCUCAUAUUGAAACCGAUACUCAACUGGCUAACGAGGUUAUCAACCUUUUUGACCCACGAAUUAUCAUUAGAGUGACUGCAACUCCUAAAAUCGAGCCAGGUAUUAGCGAGGUUAGACAAAAAAGGGCUGGAUUUGUGGAAGUUCCAGAGAAAGAAGUAAAGAAAAGCGGACUAAUCAAAGAAAAAAUUGUUAUUCAAACUAAGGAGGAGAUUGAAAAAUUAUCCGAAAAAAAGCAAUUUUCGGAGGAUGAAAUAAUGUUGGAACUGGCUUAUAAUAAGAGACUAGAACUUAAAAAAAUUUAUGAAAGUUUGGGGCUUGAUAUAAAUCCCCUAGUUUUAAUUCAACUUCCAAGCGAUUUUAAGGAAAAAGAGGAGGUAGAGACUAAUCGAAAGAAUUCUGUUUUGUCAUAUUUAAAAGCCAAAAGUGUCAAAGGAAAGGAAAUUGCUAUUUGGUUAUCAAAUGAAAAGACAAACUUAGACAUGAUUGAAAAAAAUAAUAAAAUACUAGUAAUGUUUCGUGAGGUUGAUAGCCCAAUUUUUCGCACCCAAAUAAUCGGCAGGAUAAAAAGGAUGCCUGAAGGUUACCAUUACGAAAGGGAAGAACUAAACAAGGCUUAUAUUUUCACUAAUUACGACAAGAAUCAUAUUAGAGAUAUUAGCCAACUAGAAGACAAAAAUAAAAUACCGGUUCAUUUUACUAAACUAAAAAAAGAUGUUGAAAGGAUUUGCUUGGAAACAACUUAUCAUUAUCGAACUGAUUUUGACAUUCUUAUUCUUCCAUUAUGA